AUGGCUGUUGAUGGUGGGCAUGGUGGUGGGAAUCACCCAUUGCGUUGGACAUCUCCAAUGUCUGGGUUCAUGUUACGUCGGUUUGUAGAGCUCAUUGCUGGUGGAGUGAAGACGGAGAAGGGUUUUAAGGAGGUGCACCUAAACCAGGUGGCUAAGAAUUGUAGUGAGCAUUUUGGUCUUUCCAUAAUAGGGACCCAAGUGUACAACCACCUCCGCAAGUGGCGUGCUAGGUGGGUGAAGAUAAGUAAGCUCUGGGACAUUAGUGGAUCACUUUGGGAUGACAACAACUAUGUCAUAUCACUGGAGGAAGAGAACUACCUGGGUCAUAUCAAGGACCAUCCAAAAGAUGUUGAGUACCUCAAUGUGCCUUUAGAGAAUUAUGUUCAGAUGCUUGCUAUCUUUGGGAGUGGUAUUGCUACAGAAGGUAUGCAAUGA